AUGUCUGCCAAGGUCCCAAGAAAUUUUAGGCUUCUCGAGGAACUUGAAAAAGGAGAAAAGGGUCAGGGUGCAGAGGCUUGCUCAUACGGUCUUGCUGAUGGAGAGGAUAUGAUGAUGAGCAACUGGAACGGAACAAUCCUUGGACCUCCCCACAGCGUCCACGAGAACCGGAUAUACAGUGUGAAUAUCCACUGUGGGCCAGAAUAUCCCGAUCAGCCUCCCACUAUUCAAUUUGUCUCACAAGUCAAUGUUCCGUGUGUCGACCAGCGAAGUGGAAAGGUUGACCCCACAAAACUUCCUUGUCUUGCUCACUGGCAACGCCAAUUUACCAUGGAAACCGUCCUGAUUGAUCUCCGCCGAUACAUGGCUCUGCCCCAGAACAAGAAGCUGUCUCAGCCCCCGGAGGGCUCGACUUUCUAA